CGCGGGAGCGGUGGCGGCGGACAGGUGGAGAGCCCUCGCCCGCUCCGCCAGGGGCGCCGGGGUCGUUCGCGAAGCCUCGAGGUCCAGACGUGGCGGCGACGGUGGCCUCCCGGACGGCCUGUGAAGGAUGCGCCGCCCACUGCCCCGCGCCGCCUGACCGCCCCCGCCUCGUCUCGCGGUGCGCCACAGCUGGGCCCGUGGCCGUGCCCGCCGCGCUGUCGCCCAGCCGCCGCGCUUGCGGGGUCGCGUCCGGCCCGGCCAUGUGGACCCCCACGGAGGAGGAGAAAUACGGUGUAGUGAUAUGCAGCUUUCGAGGGUCUGUUCCUCAAGGAUUGGUCUUAGAAAUAGGAGAAACGGUCCAGAUUCUUGAAAAAUGUGAAGGUUGGUACAGAGGAGUUUCAACAAAGAAGCCAAAUGUAAAGGGGAUCUUUCCUGCAAAUUACAUUCACUUGAAAAAGGCAAUUGUCAGUAAUAGGGGGCAAUAUGAAACUGUGGUACCACUUGAAGAUUCUAUUGUGACUGAGGUUACAGCAACACUACAAGAAUGGGCCAGUCUAUGGAAACAGCUAUACGUUAAACACAAAGUAGAUCUUUUCUACAAACUACGCCAUGUGAUGAAUGAACUUAUUGACCUGCGAAGGCAGCUACUGUCUGGCCACCUGACUCAGGAUCAGGUGCGGGAGGUAAAGCGACACAUCACCGUGCGCCUGGACUGGGGUAAUGAGCAUUUGGGCCUGGACCUUGUGCCUCGAAAAGACUUUGAAGUAGUGGAUUCUGACCAGAUCAGUGUCUCAGAUCUCUACAAGAUGCAUUUGUCUAGCCGGCAGAGUGUGCAGCAGAGCACAUCCCAGGUAGACACAAUGCGCCCACGUCAUGGGGAAGCCUGUCGAAUGCCGGUGCCACAUCACUUCUUCCUCAGUCUGAAGAGUUUUACAUACAAUACUAUUGGGGAAGAUACUGAUGUCUUCUUUUCUUUGUAUGACAUGAGAGAAGGCAAGCAGAUCAGUGAGCGAUUUCUGGUGCGAUUGAACAAGAAUGGGGGGCCCAGGAACCCAGAGAAGAUAGAACGAAUGUGUGCCCUUUUUACAGAUCUGAGCAGCAAAGACAUGAAGAGGGACUUAUAUAUAGUUGCCCAUGUGAUCCGAAUAGGGCGGAUGCUCCUGAAUGACUCCAAGAAGGGCCCAGCACACCUACACUACAGGCGACCAUAUGGCUGUGCAGUCCUAAGCAUCUUGGAUAUCCUGCAGUCUCUCACUGAAUUAAAGGAAGAAAAAGAUUUUGUACUUAAGGUUUACACGUGCAACAAUGAGAGUGAGUGGGCCCAGAUCCAUGAGAACAUCAUACGAAAGUCCAGCGCCAAGUACUCUGCCCCAAGCGCCAGCCAUGGUCUUAUUAUUUCUCUGCAGCUUCUUCGUGGAGACAUGGACCAAAUUCGGAGAGAAAAUCCCAUGAUAUUUAGUAGGGGAGUAGCAAUUACAAGAAAGUUGGGAUUUCCUGAUGUUAUCAUGCCAGGUGAUAUCCGCAAUGACUUAUACCUGACUUUGGAGAAGGGGGAUUUUGAGAGAGGGGGAAAGAGUGUACAAAAGAAUAUUGAAGUGACCAUGUAUGUACUUUAUGCAGAUGGAGAAAUCUUAAAGGAUUGUAUCAGCUUGGGUUCAGGAGAGCCAAAUAGGAGUUCCUAUCACUCCUUUGUUCUUUAUCAUAGUAAUAGUCCUCGUUGGGGAGAAAUUAUCAAAUUGCCUAUCCCCAUUGACAGAUUCCGGGGCUCCCACCUGCGCUUCGAGUUCAGACAUUGUUCCACAAAAGACAAAGGAGAAAAGAAACUUUUCGGCUUUGCAUUCUCACCUCUGAUGCGUGAUGACGGCACCACCCUCUCAGAUGAUAUUCAUGAGCUUUACGUGUACAAGUGUGAUGAGAAUAGCACGUUUAACAACCAUGCUCUCUACCUGGGCCUGCCCUGCUGCAAAGAAGAUUACAAUGGCUGCCCUAAUAUCCCCUCCAGCCUCAUCUUCCAGCGCAGCACCAAAGAGUCGUUCUUCAUUUCCACACAACUUUCUUCUACUAAACUCACCCAGAAUGUGGACCUCCUCGCUCUCCUGAAAUGGAAGGCCUUCCCAGACCGGAUUAUGGACAUCCUAGGGCGGUUGCGACAUGUCAGUGGGGAGGAAAUUGUUAAGUUUCUGCAAGACAUCUUAGAUACACUCUUUGUGAUUUUGGAUGAUAAUACUGAGAAAUAUGGCUUGUUGGUUUUUCAGUCUCUGGUUUUCAUCAUCAACCUGCUCCGAGAUAUAAAGUAUUUUCACUUCCGACCUGUGAUGGACACAUACAUCCAGAAGCAUUUUGCUGGAGCCCUGGCAUACAAGGAGCUCAUUCGCUGUUUGAAGUGGUAUAUGGACUGCUCGGCAGAACUAAUUCGGCAGGACCACAUUCAGGAGGCCAUGCGGGCUUUGGAAUACCUCUUCAAGUUCAUCGUGCAGUCCCGGGUCCUGUACUCACGAGCCACACGAGGGAUGGAAGAGGAGCACUUCCGAUCCAGCAUUCAAGAACUUUUCCAGUCCAUUCGGUUUGUGCUCAGUCUAGACAGCAGAAACUCAGAAACACUCCUUUUCACUCAGGCCGCACUCCUCAAUUCCUUCCCAACCAUCUUUGAUGAACUGCUACAAAUGUUCACUGUGCAAGAGGUGGCAGAGUUUGUAAGAGGAACACUGGGGAGUAUGCCUAGCACUGUUCACAUCGGGCAAUCCAUGGAUGUGGUGAAGCUGCAGUCCAUUGCUCGGACAGUAGACAGCCGUCUGUUUUCUUUUUCAGAAUCCCGCCGCAUCCUGCUUCCUGUGGUUCUCCAUCAUAUUCAUCUUCACUUGAGGCAACAGAAAGAGUUGCUAAUCUGCUCAGGAAUUCUUGGCAGCAUCUUCUCCAUUGUCAAGACCAGCUCUCUGGAGGCAGAUGUCAUGGAGGAGGUAGAGAUGAUGGUGGAGAGCCUCCUGGAUGUGCUCUUGCAGACUCUGCUCACCAUCAUGAGCAAAUCGCAUGCUCAGGAGGCGGUAAGAGGGCAGCGGUGCCCGCAGUGCACAGCCGAGAUCACUGGAGAGUAUGUGUCCUGUCUUCUCUCACUGCUUCGUCAAAUGUGUGACACUCAUUACCAGCAUCUCCUGGAUAACUUCCAGAGCAAAGAUGAACUCAAGGAAUUCCUUUUGAAGAUUUUCUGUGUAUUCCGGAACCUGAUGAAGAUGAGUGUCUUCCCUCGGGACUGGAUGGUGAUGAGACUGCUCACAAGCAAUAUUAUAGUUACUACUGUCCAAUACCUGUCCUCUGCACUGCACAAGAAUUUCACAGAAACUGACUUUGACUUUAAGGUGUGGAAUUCUUACUUUAGCCUGGCAGUUCUGUUCAUAAAUCAGCCAAGCCUUCAGCUAGAAGUCCUUACUUCGGGCAAGAGGAAGAAGAUUCUAGAUAAAUAUGGUGACAUGCGUGUGAUGAUGGCUUAUGAACUGUUCAGCAUGUGGCAGAAUUUGGGUGAACAUAAGAUCCACUUUAUCCCGGGAAUGAUUGGUCCCUUUCUGGGUGUGACACUGGUCCCACAGCCAGAAGUGAGGAAUAUCAUGAUUCCCAUCUUUCAUGACAUGAUGGACUGGGAACAGAGGAAAAAUGGCAACUUCAAACAGGUGGAGGCUGAGUUGAUUGACAAGCUGGACAGCAUGGUAUCAGAAGGAAAAGGCGAUGAGAGCUACAGGGAGCUCUUUGGUCUGCUCCUGCUGGAGAAGGUUGAACAGGAAACAUGGCGUGAGACUGGCAUUUCCUUUGUGACCUCAGUCACCCGCCUUAUGGAACGCCUUCUUGACUAUAGAGACUGCAUGAAAGGAGAAGAAACAGAGAAUAAGAAGAUUGGCUGUACAGUUAAUCUAAUGAACUUUUACAAAUCUGAGAUUAACAAAGAAGAAAUGUAUAUCCGGUACAUCCAUAAGCUUUGUGAUAUGCACUUGCAGACUGAAAACUACACAGAGGCUGCAUUCACCCUGCUCCUUUACUGUGAGCUGCUGCAGUGGGAGGAUCGGCCGCUGCGGGAGUUCCUGCACUACCCAUCCCAGACAGAGUGGCAGCGGAAGGAGGGAUUGUGCCGAAAGAUCAUCCACUACUUCAACAAAGGCAAAAGCUGGGAGUUUGGGAUCCCAUUGUGCAGAGAGCUGGCAUGUCAGUAUGAAAGCCUCUACGAUUAUCAAAGCCUCAGCUGGAUUCGGAAAAUGGAAGCCAGUUACUAUGACAACAUCAUGGAGCAGCAACGCUUGGAACCUGAGUUCUUUCGGGUUGGCUUUUAUGGCAGGAAGUUUCCUUUCUUCCUUCGGAACAAGGAAUAUGUGUGCCGUGGCCAUGACUAUGAGAGACUGGAGGCCUUCCAGCAAAGGAUGCUCAGCGAGUUCCCACAGGCCGUCGCUAUGCAGCACCCCAAUCAUCCUGAUGAUGCCAUCCUACAGUGCGAUGCACAGUACUUGCAGAUCUAUGCAGUGACACCUAUCCCAGAUUAUGUGGAUGUUCUGCAGAUGGAUAGGGUCCCGGAUCGUGUCAAGAGCUUCUAUCGUGUCAACAAUGUAAGGAAGUUCCGGUACGACAGACCUUUCCACAAAGGCCCCAAGGACAAAGAGAAUGAAUUCAAGAGCCUGUGGAUCGAGCGCACUACACUAACCCUGACUCACAGCUUGCCUGGCAUCUCUCGUUGGUUUGAGGUGGAGAGGAGGGAACUGGUGGAGGUGAGCCCUUUGGAGAAUGCCAUCCAAGUGGUUGAGAAUAAGAACCAGGAACUGCGGGCCCUAAUCAGCCAGUAUCAACACAAGCAGGUUCAUGGAAACAUCAAUCUCCUCAGCAUGUGCCUGAAUGGUGUGAUUGAUGCAGCUGUCAAUGGAGGCAUUGCACGCUACCAGGAGGCCUUCUUUGAUAAAGAUUACAUCACCAAGCACCCAGGAGAUGCUGAGAAGAUUACCCAACUCAAGGAGCUUAUGCAGGAGCAGGUCCAUGUUCUUGGAGUUGGACUAGCAGUUCAUGAGAAAUUUGUGCAUCCAGAAAUGCGGCCUCUGCAUAAGAAGCUGAUUGAUCAGUUCCAGAUGAUGCGGGCAAGUCUCUACCAUGAGUUUCCAGGUUUGGAUAAGCUAAGUCCUGCUUGUUCAGGCAACAGCACUCCACGGGGAAAUGUUUUGGCAUCCCACAGCCCCAUGAGCCCUGAGAACAUCAAGAUGUCCCACCGGCACAGCCCCAUGAACUUGAUGGGCACAGGCCGCCAUUCGUCUUCCUCUCUGUCUUCACAUGCAUCUAGUGAAGCAGGAAACGUGGUGAUGAUGGGAGACAGUGCCAUGAGCGAGGCUCCUGAGGACCUGUACCAUCACAUGCAGCUCGCGUAUCCCAACCCCAGGUACCAGGGCUCAGUCACCAAUGUCUCUGUACUGUCCUCAUCCCAGGCAAGCCCUUCUUCCUCCAGCCUGAGUUCUACUCACUCAGCACCAUCUCAGAUGAUUACUUCUGCCCCUUCCAGUGCCCGAGGCUCUCCCUCUCUGCCAGAUAAGUACCGCCAUACCCGGGAAAUGAUGUUGCUGCUGCCCACCCACCGGGACCGCCCAAGCAGUGCCAUGUAUCCAGCAGCCAUCCUGGAGAACGGACAGUCACCAAACUUCCAGCGGGCCUUGUUCCAGCAAGUGGUUGGACCCUGUAAACCCUGCAGUGAUCCCAAUCUGUCUGUGGCUGAAAAAGGUCAUUACUCCCUACACUUUGAUGCCUUCCACCACCCUCUGGGUGAUAUCCCCCCAGCUCUCCCUGCCCGGACUCUGCGCAAGUCUCCUCUCCACCCCAUCCCAGCCUCCCCCACCAGCCCCCAGUCGGGCCUGGACGGCAGCAACUCUACACUGUCUGGAAGUGCCAGCAGCGGUGUGUCCUCCUUGAGCGAGAGUAACUUUGGGCACUCUUCUGAGGCCCCACCUCGAACCGACACCAUAGACUCCAUGCCAAGUCAGGCCUGGAAUGGUGAUGAAGACCUUGAGCCACCCUACCUCCCUGUCCACUACAGUCUCUCUGAGUCUGCUGUCCUGGACUCCAUCAAGGCCCAGCCAUGUCGAAGCCACUCAGCCCCAGGGUGCGUCAUCCCCCAGGACCCCAUGGACCCGCCUGCGCUGCCACCCAAGCCCUACCAUCCCCGCCUACCAGCCCUGGAGCAUGACGAGGGUGUGCUGCUGCGUGAAGAAGCUGAAAGGCCUAGAGGCCUGCAUCGCAAGGCCUCACUGCCUCCUGGGAGCACCAAGGAGGAGCAGGCCCGCAUGGCAUGGGAGCAUGGCCGAGGGGAACAGUGAGAGGCAGGAAAGAAGCUGCAACGCCACCUUCAGUGAGCAGCUCACCAGUCCACUCCAGGUCUGAAAAGCAAGCCCCCCCACCCCCACCCCCAGGGAGCUGGAGAGGCUUGGCACUCAGGAGCGAAUCACCCAAGUCUCUGUUCUACUGCCGUGAACUCAUGUGUUGCCAUGUUCAGAAGCUGCAGCAGCAUGAAGGCUUGUGGCUUCUUUUUUCAGUUUUUAUUUCCAUUUCUUUGGGGUUUCCUUUGUUCAUGCAGUAGAUGCUUUCUCCUCCUGCAGUUCCAGACCAUGUGGAACUAUGUGGAAAUACCAGACAGGAUUGAUUUGUAACACUGCAGGGCCAGGAACAGAAGCCCAAGCCCUCCCUUCACAGCAGAGCUGCAAAGAAUGGAAAUUGCACUAGGGACCUCUUCCUUUGCUAUAUGGACAGAAAAGUUCAUGAUUGCAUUCAGGGAUUGCAAGGACUACAUGGACUACAUGUCACAGGUGGAUGAAGGGGCCACAAGCCAUUUUGCACAAAGGCUUGCCCACCUGCUAGCUCUUCCAUCUUGGAGUGUGCAACUGAAGGGCUGGCCAGGCCAACCUGCCAGCUCAGGCUCAUGACUGGCCUAACUGCAUGCCUAGGGCACAUUGCCAGGUUUCCAUGGGCCAGCCUUUUCUCCCAUCCCACCUUGGACUUCUCUCUUUGCCACUUUCUCACUAUUCAUCUCUUCCACUUGUACACCUCCUAACCUGUGGAAGCCUCCAUAGUGAAUGGAUCUGCAGGGCUUAUCUCCCACCCUCUUGGGCUUGAGUGGAUGAGUGAAGUCAAAGGGAUUACCCUAACCACCUUCCUCCUAAGGGAAGCGAGGCCCCUUCCCAUGUGUUAGAACUAGCAUGAGGGAGGCCAGUGGCAGGGUCCAGAAAUCCUCUAAGCUUUCAGAAGUGGCCACCAUGCCUGCCAUCAGCUCCUGAAUCAGGGAUUUUCAGCACUACCUCUGAGCCAUGGAGUUGGCUGCCCAGCCAAGCUUCCAGGCCGUGAGGACAUUUGGUCAGAUUCAGCAAGCUCCUGGGUAAAAAGGGUGGGAACUUUUCCUUUUGGAAGCAGAGCCACAUAGAUGGAAUUGUCAUCUCCUAAGUGGCCAAGAAUAGCACCCCGAUCCAGGCCCAUAGGGACCACCACUCAGGGUUUGGGGUGGGCAGGAGGGCAGUUUCUCCAGCCUCCCCAGUCUGUUGGGCAGGGUGAAGUGGUGUCUUUAUAGGAAACUUUCAGGUCAGGGCACUGAUUUUCCUCUUGGUGUAUUAUUUGGGAAUAGGGUGGGGUGGGUAUAACAGUAUUUUACCAGGGUGCUUUUAAGUUACUUUAACUGUCUUGAGACAAUAUCUGAUUUGCUUGAGUUCACAUUAGUGAUGGUCACAACUCUGAUGGUUCAAGAGUCCCUUCUCUGUUAAGCAGGCAUGUUCCUUUCUCCCCCAUCCCAGUUCCUCUUUUGCUUGCCCUGCACCCUAGCCUUGUAUCCCUUCUUCACUGCCCCUUUCCAAACAGAAAAAGACCAUGGUCAAGGUGUUUUCUUGAAUAAACAAAUGCCAACUUAAGAAUUGCCAGCGAGUAACCUACUGGGAAAGAUAGAAGGCCCCGUUACCUUUAGGGUGCUUGGGUCUUAUCCUUAGUGAGGUUUUUCUCAGCAUCAUUCCAGGCAGUCAGGAUGCUGAGGGUAUAGGUCAGUCAAGGCAGCCCCUAACUCAAAGGGUAGGUCUGCUCCUAAGCCUCGACUCUCCUGUAGGCUUCGGUCUUUGGAUCCUGUGAGGUUCACAGCUGUUAGCGAGUCAGGGACAAGGUCUGUAAUCUCUUAGGAGGGCUGCUUUAGAUUUUCAGGCACUUCCCUGAACCUUGGACCCUGGACAAGGCAGUCAGGACAUAAGAACAUCUACCUUCUCCACUUAGUGGUAUAGGUAGGGGGUGGGGGAGUAUAAGCUGGUUACCCUUGCUUUGUGCAAGGUGAAAUGAAUGUUUUCCCUUUCAUUUUCCCUAACUGUACGACAUGGACACAAUCUGAAUCUCUUGUUGGAGAAUCAGCCAGUCAGACAGGAAAUGGAAGGCCAGAGAUGAGAAUCCUUUGAAAAGAUUGUGAAAUACUGAUUUUCAUUCUUUCAAGCUUAUUUGUAAAUAUCUAUUUGAAUGCUAUGUAUUUGUACAGGAAUUUGAGCAAAAAAUGUAUAGAGUGUGAUGUCCACUUGGUAUUCAGCCCUAUAAAUGUGUUUUUAACCUCUGGCAUUCUGUGCUUAUUUAAAAACAAGAAAACUUCUAACCAUUUCUUUUGUGUAUUCGUAUCUAAAGAAAAAGUGAUUAAAAAAUGAUCUUACCUGUACCAGAAAAGCAAAGUUUAAAAAUUUGUACCGAUGUCCCUAGAGGUAUUUUACUGUAUAUAUUGUGGUAGCAUGUUCUAAAUCCAAAAAGUAAUGUGAAUUUUAGAUGUAAAUAUCUUCCACUUGACUUCUUCCCUUUCCUCAAUCCCUUGACUGCUGUGAUGUGAAUUAAAGAUGAAUACCUGAUACCGAGCCACUGAAUUCAAUGAAUGGGAGCAGAAGUGCCCCUCUUACCCCCUUUGUCGCCGGGCUCCAAGCCCUCCUAAACCCAUAGACAUCUUUCUGUCCAGUCAGCCCAGCCUGCACCCUGCUUCAAAAGCAGGUAGACUAGAAGGGAACCCCUCUUCGGCUAACCCUGGGCGGCCAGGGACCCUGAGGGCUCAGAGGGGAGCAAGAGAUGGGCUGGCUGGCUCCGGGGCGCGUCCCAGAACUGGGCCGAAUCCGGUCUUGGAAGCCGGACGCGCAGCCUUUGUCCGGGUGCUUCCCUCACAGGGCAGCUGAAUGGUUUGGUCGGCUUCGAGCCUCUUGGGAGGCUCUGCAAAGUCCACCGGACAAGGCGGCUCUGGCCUAGCAGGCUUGCGCGACCACGCGACUGUUCAAGACACGCUGAGAGAAACCUCGGAGCUCCGCCUGUGGCUGCUCGCCCCACCUCCACCGUUAGAGCCCAGCAGUCCCCAGGAUGCCCGACC